UCCUCAAGCCAGGUAUGAUGAUGUCAAACAUGAUGCUGAUGCUACAGUUACAGACACAGCCCCUUCUGGCGCAGCCUCUCUGAUUCUCUGCCUUUCUGCUUCCAGCUCUGGGGGUUUUCAGACAAGUGCAUCUCCUAAUCAGGUCACAUUUCAUCCAGGACCCACCAUCCAUCUCUUCCCCCAGUCAUUUCAGUGGUGGAGGAGGAAGAGAGAAGACGACUUUUGGCUGCGUUGUGGUGGGAGAGGGUAGAAAAUCAAGGCAAAGAAAAAUUUUUUAAAAACCCCAAAUCAAUUCUCCCUCUUCCAAAAAAACCCCCCCAAAACAAAGACUAACCAACCCCAAUCCAGAUCAAAGAUGAGCGCUGGGGGUUUUGGGCUGCGGCUGCUGCUGCUGCCUCUUCUGCUCAUUGCCGCCCCUGCGCCGGGCUCGGCGGAGGGGGACUCCAAGGGGGUCAAGGAUGGCGAGACCCCUGGCAAUUUCAUGGAGGAUGAGCAAUGGCUGUCGUCCAUCUCCCAGUAUAGCGGCAAGAUCAAGCACUGGAACCGCUUCCGAGACGAGGUAGAGGAUGACUACAUCAAGAGCUGGGAAGACAGUCAGCAAGGAGAUGAAGCUCUGGACACCACCAAGGACCCCUGCCAGAAGGUGAAGUGCAGCCGACACAAGGUGUGCAUUGCUCAGGGCUACCAGAGAGCCAUGUGCAUCAGCCGGAAGAAACUAGAGCACAGGAUCAAGCAGCCUGCCCUGAAGCUCCAUGAAAACAAAGAAGGCUUUUGUAAACCCUGUCACAUGACCCAGCUUGCCUCUGUCUGCGGUUCUGAUGGACACACUUACAGCUCCGUGUGCAAACUGGAACAGCAGGCCUGCCUGACCAGCAAGCAGCUGACGGUGAGAUGUGAGGGUCAGUGUCCUUGUCCCACAGAACAGGCUCCGGCCUCCACCACGGACGCCAAGCAAGAAACCUGUACGGGGCAGGAUCUGGCGGAUCUGGGGGACCGGCUGCGGGACUGGUUCCAGCUCCUUCAUGAAAACUCCAAACAGAAUGGCACGGCCAGUGCUGGAGCCAACCCUGUGGGAGUCCUGGACAAGAGCCUGGGGGCCAGCUGUAAGGAUUCUAUCGGUUGGAUGUUCUCCAAGCUGGACACGAGCAACGAUCUCUUCCUGGACCAGUCUGAGCUAGCGGCCAUCAACCUGGACAAGUAUGAGAUCUGCAUCCGUCCCUUCUUCAACUCCUGUGACACCUACAAGGACGGCCGCGUCUCCACUGCCGAGUGGUGUUUCUGCUUCUGGAGGGAGAAACCCCCCUGCCUGGCUGAACUGGAGAGGAUUCAGAUCCAGGAGGCAGCUAAAAAGAAACCUGGCAUCUUCAUCCCCAGCUGCGACGAGGACGGCUACUACAGGAAGAUGCAGUGCGACCAGAGCAGCGGCGACUGCUGGUGUGUGGACCAGGUGGGGCAGGAGCUGACGGGAACCCGGAUGCACGGGAGCCCGGACUGCGACGACAUCGUCGGGUUCUCCGGGGACUUCGGCAGCGGCGUCGGCUGGGAGGACGAGGAGGAGAAGGAGGCGGAGGAGGCCGGCGAGGAAGCCGAGGAGGAGGAGGGCGAGGCGGGAGAGGCAGAUGACGGAGGCUACAUCUGGUAGAGGCCCAGCGAGGGAGGCCGGCGGAGGGGGAUGCUGGGGACCGACAGCCGGGAGGGAAGGCGCAGCAGGGAGCCGGGCGGAGCAGGGCGGCCUAGGGCCGGUCAGAAACUCAGUGCAACGUAGCUUGACUCCAGGGGGGGACGGAUGAGUGCGAGUGAGCGUGCGGGACGCGUGUGGAGGGUGACGUGUGAGAGAGUGAGCGCGUGCGUGCCCUGCGGCUGUGGGCGGGGCCACGGGUGACGCCCCUCCUGGCAAACAGCCGCCCAAUCACCUCCAGCCUUCAUAGUCUUUUUUUUUUUUUUUUUUUUUAAACACGACCUUGCCCGGGGUGGAGGUGGGAUGCCUUUCUCCCUCCGCAUCCCUCCCUCCUCCCGGAAGUGCCCUGUGCCCCCCUCCUCCCUUGCGUCCCUCAGCCCUCCGCAGUCGCCGUUGUACCAGGCCCGGCUCCUUCCCCUCCUGGGCUGGCGCGAGGCCCCGGGCUCACCCGCGAGGGAGGAGGGCGGAGCGGGGCCCCAGAGGGGGGCCCAGAAGGAAGGAGAAGGGCCUCCAGGGGCCAGUCCUUUCCUCGGGCGGUUCUGGCAAGCCGGAGCCCCUCCCGCCCAG